UAAGCCGUCAAAUCGUGUAUAUCAGUACCAUGUUUUACAGUUGUUUUGGAUUUUUAGCCAAAAGAUUAGGCUAUUUUGAUCGAUUUAAGCUUAAUUACCCCAAGAAUAGAAUCGAGAAGAAACUGUACUAAAUGAAUUUAGGCCGGGUUCGCCAAACACCGGAAGCUGGAAUUUAGAGCGGGGUUCACACAAACAUUGGUGCUACAGAUCUAGUUGGGGCAGCAUGGCAGAAGGCAGAACAAGGCCUUACUCUGCAGUUGAUUGCACUGAAGAUAGUAUUUCAAUGCAAGGGUUAAUUGGGAAAGGUUCUUAUGGCGAGGUUUGGAGAGCUAAAUGGAAUGGAAAAGUCGUAGCAGCCAAAUGCCUUCACGCAGAACUCUUACAUCACGAUCAGGAAAUAAGAGACCACCACGCGGAAGAGUUUCGAAGAGAAUCUGAUGUUUUACGAGGCUUAAUUCAUCCUAAUAUCAUUCGAUUCUAUGCAGUAUUGUUUCCUCCUACACGUUCACCUGUUAUCGUCACAGAGCUUCUCCACUGUGACUUGCAAAAAUACAUCGAGCGUUCUACGACCACUCCUAAAGUACUUCCUGAUAAAGCCAUUUCUAUCAGCCUUGGUAUUGCCGAAGGAUUAGAAUAUCUACACGGGUUGAAGCCUCCAGUAGUACACCGUGAUCUCGCUACUAAAAACAUCCUAUUAACUGCUGAAGGUCACCCUAAGAUUGCAGACCUUGGGGUGGCUAAAGUGUUUGCUGCAGGAAAGGACGCAUUUGCAACCGUUGUACCUGGAACACCUUUGUAUUCAGCACCAGAGACGUUUCCAGCUAAGAAGGGUCUUGACUUCUGUACUGAAGUGAUCUAUGGCGUCAAGGUGGAUAUAUUUUCUUUUGGCGUUGUUUUGAUGGUCAUUAUCAUUGGUCAAGAACCUACAGUUUGGCCGCUUAGCCCUAUCAAAGCUGGAAGCAAGAAUACACUCAUAUCUGAGAAGGAACGUAGGAAAAAGGACAUCGUCAGAAUGGGAAAUCACAAGUUAAAGAGCCUUGUUUUGGAUUGUCUUCAUGAUAAAAGUAGCAAGAGACCAACUGCAAGUCAAAUUUGCAAAUCUAUUUUUAAAGUUCACCAGGAACUAGAGUCAAGGAAAAAUGGUCCUAAACCUAGCACUGCCUCGUGUUCAGGAAUCAUAGAUACAGAAAGAAAUCCUUGCCAAGGUGCUGCUAGUAAUUCAGCAGAGACAAGUACCUUUGAAAAGAUUCCAUCCCAGUUUCAUUAUGACUAUAGGUUUAAGGUACUCCUUCUUGGAAGUAGUGGUGUUGGGAAGACCUGCUUGGUAGAACGACUCAUAAAUCCUUCAUAUAAUAUAGCUUACUCAACAGCAACCCUGGGUAUUGAGCCACAAAGCCAAGCAUUUCAGUACAACUCCAGUUCUGUCCAUAUGUCAAUAACUGAUACUGCAGGACAGGAAAGAUUCUUUGCCAUUCAGCCCAUGUACUUUCGUGAUGUACAGGGUGUGUUCUUAGUAUAUGACGUCAUGAUGGAAAGUACUUUUAAAGAACUAGAACGUUGGUUGGAUAUAGUAAAACAGUAUUGUACUGAAUGUCAUGUACGAGUGCUUGUGGUAGGGAACAAAAUAGACUGUUUUUAUCAGGGAAAGAAAAUAGAAAGGAAUGUUUCCAAAGAAAGAGCACUUGAAUUUGCUAGAAAACAUGGUUUUCCCUAUGUAGAAACCAGUGUAUUGGACAUCAAUCUAGACACUAUUAUGAACAUGUAUAAAAAGAUGGUUGAGUGUUUAAUUGAUGCUGUCAGUCUGAAUACUAUAAAAAUUGAUAUGAGAGACACAAUGAAUAAGACCAAUAAGGUUGACCUUUCUACUACAGAAAACAAAGAAACAUCUCAUUGUAAAUGCAAAAGAUAAAAGAUCUAGCACCUCUAA